AUGGACGGCAUUGGCAAGGAGGCAUACCACAACCGUUGCGCCCACCCUGACUCGGCGAAUGGAGCAGUGCAGCAGCAGCAGCAGCAGCAGCAGCAGCAGCAGCAGCAGCAGCAGCAGCAGCAGCAACAACAGCAGCAGCAGCAGCACGGCAGGGGCAGCAGCAGCAGCAGCGGCAGCGGCGCGGCAGCGGCAGCGGCAGCGGCAGCGGCAGCGGCAGCGGCAGCGGCAGCGGCAGCGGCAGCGGCGGCGGCAGCGGCAGCGGCAGCGGCAGCGGCAGCGGAAGAAGUAGUGACAACUGGUUGUCACUACUUUUUCCGCUGCCGUACCGCAGAAAGGGAGAUCGGCGACGCGGCUGCCGCGCUCUAUGCGGGCAUGGGCGCCCCAGCAACCAUCCACGGCUGCGCCUGUUUGCUGAGCGACUGGGCAUACGCGUACCCUCGGGAUACGCCGGUGGCCGCGGUUGGCGGCACAAGGACGGCGCUGUACGGCUGCGCAAACCCUGAUGGGGACGCGCUCGGGACGUGGUGUCCGAUCGACCCAGAAAAGUGCGACAGAUUUGCUGGCUACGUGCAGGUCAACGUCUCCACUCAGGUCGCGUUUGACUACUGUGCCGCGGAGCCGCCCGCGAUGCAGUGGAAGGACGGCUGCCGCGGCCCCCGCAUCGCCGAGUGGGAUCAGUGCGGCGGCAAGAGCAACUGCACCGAGUGGGGCUGCGCAGACGCCGUGUGGGCGGGCGCGUGCUGCGCGGCGGGGCUCGAGUGCCACCGGCAGCACGCCUACUACCACCAGUGCCUGCGCCCCAACAGCACCAGCCCGCCGCCCUCCUCACCGGGGGCCGCCUCCAGCAGCGGCUCAGCGCCGCAAGCCGCCUCCAGCUCCACGGCGGAGUCCGCACCCCCGGCUCUCCCAGCCCUCGAGGUUGCCCAUCCAUUGCUGCAGUCCAAGGAGCCCGGCGCCAAGAUAUACGUCAACCUGCGGGUCGACCACUCGUACGACCUCAUAAAGGAUGACGUGGGGGCCCAAGCGGCGUUCAAGUCGGACGUGGUGGCGUGGCUCAAGGCUGCCACGGGGGCGCCCGAGUACGUCUACUCAGCAGGCAUCGACAUGAUCACCAGUGGCAGCGUGGUGGCCGCCGGCACCGUCGUGCUGACCGCCGACGCGCCGGCCGACCAGUCUGCUGUGGUGAUGCAGCGGCUUCAGGACGGCGCCGCCGGCUCGUACGCGUCAUCAGGCCUUGCGUCCUCGUGGGGGCCGCUGCUGUCCUUCCAGGCCAGCCAGACCAGCCCCUCGGCCCUCAAGGCCGGCGACACCGCCGUCCCACAAGACGCCGCCGCAGCCGCCGCCGCUGUGGCUGCCUCUGGGUCCGCCGGCGGGGAUGGCGGCCGCCUGCAGCUGGGGCCCGGCGCGAUCGCAGGGAUCGUGAUUGGCGGCGCUGUGUUCAUGGUGCUGGUCGGCGUCGUGGUUUGGCGCGGCCUUCAGAUGAACAAGGAGCACGACAAGGACAAGAGCGCGCAGCUGGCGUACAUGAAUGAGUUGACCGAGGCGGAUAUGAGCGAUGAUGAGGACGCGUCCAAGGUUGUGAGGCAAGAGAUGGCCAAGCUCCCGAAGUCCGUUGCAGCCACCAGCACGGGCGGUGCCAGGCCUACCAGCACCGAGCCCGACCCUGCUUUCCUGCCCCUGCCUGAUGGCGAGGUCGCGCGCCGCUCCAGCGCGGGCGGCCUCGCGUUCGCGUCCCUCAAGCAGCGCCGCAUCAGCGGGGGCGGGAGCGCGGGCGGCGGCAGCGGGGCUGCCGGCUUAAGCGGGGCGGCGACGCCGGUGGAGCGCACGCAGGGGUCCAACGGCAGUGGUUACUUUUCGGUUGCGCUCAGCAAGCUGGGGAGUAGCGUGGCGAGCUAUGUGUCGGCUGGUGGCGCAUCGGCGGCGGGAUCGGCGCCAGAGAAGGAUCAGUAG